AUGUCAUCAAAUGAAGAAUACAUCCUGCUUGGACUGUCCGUAGCCGUCGUUGUUCUUCGUCUGUUCGCUCGAUGGUCUAUGGUAGGCUUCAAAGGUCUCAAGCUCGAUGACUAUGUAAUGCCCUUAGCUUGCGUAACUUUUGGCUUUGAAGCCCAGGCUGCUGCAAAUGUUGGAAAAUACAAUGGUCUUUCGAAUGCGGCCAUGAGCGAUGAGUAUCGAGCAAAUUUGUCACCUGAUUCGCUUGAGUAUGCUGAGCGAGUCGAAGGCUCCAAGAUUCAGCUUACAGGAUGGGGAACCUACGUGCUCACUGUAUGGCUUCUCAAAGCAUGUAUGGCAAUAUUCUAUUCUCGAAUGACGGAAGGACUCAAAACCAUGCAACUCCGGGUCAAGAUCUCUUACGUGGUACUUGCCAUAACUUUCGUUGCUGUUAUCUGUUCAAUCUACCUAAGCUGCCAGCCUUUCCACAAGUUUUGGCAAAUAAACCCAAACCCUGGUAAUCAGUGCCUUCCGGCCAUCUCUAACGUGUUUGUCUUAACUACUGUUGUGCUCAACAUCCUCACCGAUAUCUUCCUCCUUACUAUUCCCAUUCCCGUUCUUGCAAAAGCACAGCUCAAAUGGCGAGCAAAGCUCCGACUCCUCGUUCUUUUCAGUGGAGGUAUCUUCGUCAUGGUAGCCGCUCUCGUUCGCUGCAUCCUAAUUCUCACAGCCGGUGCCAAUGGUCCCUCCGUGGGCGGUAGUUGGUCUAUCCGUGAGACCUUUGUGGCGACUAUCAUUAACAAUCUCCCCAUGAUAUACCCUCUUGUCCGCCGUGUCCGCAGCAAGUUCGGCUGGUCUUCUACCAACAGUGGUACUAAGAGUCAAACAGGCUAUACAAUGUCCAGCAAGGCCAAUACAGAUCUCAAAUCACAAAAGCGCUCGAAGUUCCGUAACCCACUGGGCACCUCGAAGGAACACGAAUGGAACAAUAUUAGCGACGAGCAAGUUAUUCUUGCAGGGCAACAGGAUCCUGCUACAUUCACCACUGUUGAUGGUAACUGGGAUAAUAAUAGCGCUAUCAGCACGAAUGAGCAUGGCAUCAAGGUGGUCCAAGAGACCAUCGUUGAAAGAUCUGGAGAUCGCUGA